UAUCAACACCCCACGAUGUCACGAAUCUCUCUCAUCAUUCCGUUUUUACAAGCUUUAUCAUCGAUCCAGCAAGCUAUAGUAGAUAUUUAGAAUAGUAUACAGGAAUGGGAAACUGUUGUGCGACGGAGUCGUCUUGGGGUGGUGAUGAUUGGGGUUCUUUGUCAUCGAAAAGAAGGAGUAUGAGUUCGGGGAAGGUGUUUGAUGAAGUUCACGAGGCGAGUUUGGAUAAGGUGGAGAAGGAAAAGCUGUUGGGUGCGCUGAGAGCUUUUUCUGAUGCCAAUGGGAAGGUGAAGAUCAAGAUCUCGAAGAAGGAGCUGGCACAGUUGUUGGGAGGGAAAGAGAGUGGUAAGCAUUUGGGUGAAGAAGGACACGCUUCAGCGGAACAGUUUCUGGCUCGUUUGAUUCACGCAAGAGAUCAUUCGAGUAACGAGUACCAUGAUGUUCAUCAUAGACCUUGGAGACCUGUGCUUCAAAGUAUACCUGAGGUGAAUUAGUUAAAGGUGGUCGGGUGUGUCGAGUAGAGGUUGAGAUUUAGGUGAUUUUUUUAUUUGUUUUCCAUGUUUUCAGCUUGUGUUUUUCUUCUAUGGUUGGGAAUGUGUCAUUUGUAUAUUCGUCGUUCCGCGAGUGAAACUUUGGAAAACUGAAAAUUGUAGAU